AUGGUCAAGCCUCUUUCCCUGCUCUCAGUCGUCAGCCUCGUUGCUGGAGCUUUCGCUCUCCCUCAAGCUUCCGGAAUCUCCGACGAAGCCGCCACUUUGGAUUUCAAGCCCGGUCCUGGCCUUCCCACCGUGGAGGAAUUGGGGCUCACCACAGAAGACCUUCUCAAGCCCAUUCCAGAGGAAGUUCUCGCCUCAGUCCGUACGUCCUCAUCACAUAUCACCCACACCGAGACAGCACAAUUCCUAACAAACGCAUCCUUCCGGGUACCCGCAGAAGCCGACUACGCCUCCCUCGACGCCGGCUCAGGCUCCUCAGCAUCCAGCGACGGCUCAUCAAGCCUCACAAAGCGCCAAUGGACACCCGCCUGCAAGGGUCCCCACCGCGCCUCCCUCGCCAGCGCCAACGCCUGCUACAACUACCUCUUGAGUCUGGGUACCACCGCGUGCACUGUCCCCGAUUCAGGCUCCGUCUGGCUUUCCCUGAUCACCAUGUGCGAGAUUGGUGACGCUAAGGUCACGGGCAAGUGCUUCCCACCGAACUGCCCUGCCUCUUCCUGGUGCCAACACGCGGCUCAUGGCGUCGCCUGGGUAAUGCAGAACUGCAACGUUGACAACUUUGUCGGAGGCGAGCAAGCUGCUUGGGGCAACGGCCACCUGAUCAUCGGUGUUCAGAGCCGUUAA